AUGCCCAUCCUCACCCCCCAUCUCCCCCUCUUCAUCCCCCUCUUCAUCUCCAUCUUCCUCCUCUCCACCCCCACCCUCGCCCAAACCACCUCCAACAGCACAACCGCCUCCCUCCCGCAAUGCGCCCUCGAAUGCCUCAACCCAGCCAGUCUCCUCGCCGGCUGUGCCGCAGGCGACUACGCAUGUUCCUGCCAACACUUUGCGGAAAUUUCUCUGGAAGCUCGACCUUGUAUUUUGAAUGCUUGUAAUACGACUAAGGAAUUGCCGAGGGUGUGUGAGGGAAUUAGAGAUUUGUGUCGGGUGUAUAAAGUUCCUGUGCCGGAGGGGUGUGGGGUUAAUGUUACUUUGGAUGGGGGUGGGGGAAGUUGA